UGACCCCCUCGCGUCGUUCCGUACUUUUCUUUCUGCAAAAGGCCUGGUUGCUGUAUCAACUUUCAGCCAGUCCUUGUUGCAUUGCCCUGUCAUCCAUGCUUCCACCCGCCCUUCUAGAGUUCACCUUGGCACGUCUCAUACAUCGCGGCAGUAUCUUAGGCUCCGAAGUCGUGACUGCCCGAACAUGGCCCCGAAGAAUUGGUGUUCGUGCCAUGCAACAAGCGGUACUCGUAUCCGAUACAUCACCAGUAACCCUCUAUCCUCACCUCAAGGGAAAGCAAACCCUUGUCAAACCUUCUCAAGGUAGCAAAAAGCCAAAAGGAGUCGGGCAUUUGAAGGUUCGAGAAGAGAAAGCUGCUGCCGAACGUCCAAGAUCGGAACUGGCGCAUCGCGUAGAUGCUUUGUUGAAAGUUGCCCAGAGAGAGGAAGAAACAGUGGACCAUCCUACCUUUAGCGAGGAAGAGCUCCUGUCACUCUAUGAAGAUAUUCUUGCAGGACCCGAAACCGAAAUGGAACGGCAGCAAGAAGACCUGACACCUGAACAGCGAUCUUUGGAGGACGUCGAGAUGGUGGAGGCAGUCUAUGAACGUCUUCGCGAACAGACGCUAGAGGAAUACCUGGACCCCCAGUCGUCGAAAGCACCCUGGCUUCAACAUGCAUAUCAUCGUCGUAUCCUUGACCAAGUGGGAAAGCUGAUGGAUUUAGUGCUCCGAGGCGAUGAUGCUCCUCUGAUCCCCAUCGUCACGCUAUCUAUACAGGAAUGGAACGCGUUGAUUCGCAUAUGUAUCCGUAAAAAUGAUUUGGAAUCCGCAGAACGGUCACUGCGACUCAUGAAGCGCACUGGUGUUACACUACCUGAAGAAUCGAUUAAUGAAGUUGUCAAGUUCUAUGCGGACAAGGGCGAUGUUUCGGAAACCGAGCGUAUUUUGAACAGUUUUGUUCUUGGUGCUCCUUCCGACCGGCAGCAACAUCUUCAUAUCUGUUCCCAUCUUCGGGCAUCCCCAGAUGCUAUGCCAACAUCAGCACUUGCUAUUCUUCAUGCUUAUGAGGAGCAGCUCAACAUGCCCGCGCAAAAGACGUAUACAAGCCUCGUCAAGCACAUGCUUUCUGUGAAGGAUUCGACGUCCAACGCCCAAGCAUGGGACCUGUUCUACCACAUGCGUUAUGUCGCCCAUCCUGUCCCAGAUGCCUUCUUAUACACAACAAUGAUCCGAGCCUGCGCCUCAUCAUUCUUCACCAUUCGAGCUUCGGAACCCGAACGUGCUCUAGAUCUCUGGACAGAGAUGACGAUUGACAAUAAUAUAGCGCCUACGGUUGCGUCGUACAAUGCUGUCAUACUAACUUGUGCGCGGACUGGCGACAAGAAGUAUGUUCAUGAAGCUUUCCGCCUUGCCAAGGAAAUGCUAGAUUCUCACCGAGACGCGCAUGGAGAGCUGUUGUAUGUGCCGGACCAGCAUACGUUCCUUGCGCUAUUAGAAGGGGCGAAGAGAAUUGGAGACCUUUCGAGGACACGGUGGAUCCUUGCGCAAAUCAGCCGAGUCAGUGUUGAGGAGCCCUCUCUAGGUGUUACGAUUGACGAAGAAGUCAUGAUGCACGUCUUCCAUGCAUAUGCGGCGUAUGAUCCUCCUUUCAAACGUGGUAUCGCGCUACUACUUGAAGAAAGCCAAACGGCGCCGGCAUCGAAUGAUACUUCGACGACCCAUCAAGAAAGUUCAGACGUAGCUGUGACCCCUAAUACCCCUACUUUCGCCCAUGUUGCUCCUCAGAGUCGUGCAGAGGUCAUUGCUGAAGCUGAGCUAUUAUUCGGGCGCAUAUUGGAGGAUGGUGGGUUCUCUUUCGAUCCCACAAUUAGUUUCAGUAACGUCAAGCUGUCGACCCGGCUAUUGAACUCGUAUCUCUCGGUGCACUACAAGCACGGGACAUUAGAGGCAGCUCGGAAGUUGUUCUUGGAUCUCUUCGUGGACCUUGAUAUGGGCCGCAAUGCCCGGACGUUCCGCGAGGCGCUGGAGCGAUGUAUGUAUUCGCACCAGAAGGAGCGGCAGUUUGCUCUCGAGUUCGGUGGAGAGGUAUUCAAGAUGUGGCAAGAGUAUGACGCAUCCGGUGGGGUUGCAGAUGCACGGACGGUGGAGAAAAUUCACGUCGCGUAUAUCCGACUACUUGCCUUGACGAAGGAUUUGGAUGCCGCUCUGGAUCAACUACGGGCAUUUGUCGCAAAAUAUCCACCUUCGGCUUUGCGCCACCAGCCAGCAAAACCUGGGCUGAGGUCUACGAAAACAGUACUCACUGGCUCGCGACCGCUUGUUCGAAUGGCUUCGGCUGCGGAGGUCCCGGACAGUCACGUUCCUCCCUUUGUGCUGUUCAGGGAUAUAGAUGUGCUUCACAACCGGCUUGUUGCGAGUGGAGACGUGAAUGGGAUUGCAUAUGUCAAGUACGUGUGCAAGGCGUAUGAAUGGGCGUUGCGAGUCAGACGAGACGAGGCUCUCAAGGCCAAGCCGGUUGACGCUGAAUCCACGGCGCUUAUUGAUUUAGAAGAAGAUUAAAUAUAUUCGUAUUGCAAUAAUAAAAGACAAGCAUAACGUCAUUUGCGGAUGGGGC